CAUUCUGCUCUCAGUGUUUCAUGCCGAAGAUGGAUUUCUUCAUUCCGAUUCUUCUGUUUUCUCUUCUUCUGCCCAUAGGCCAUGGCGGCCACGGCUCGCCUCCAACAGAGUACAGACACACCCUGUCCGAGCUUUCACAGGAGAAAACCCUCCACUGCACUUCUCUCCCUCCAACAGAACGUCUUCUGUGUGAGCUAGAAGGCGCCCUCGACGCCCAAGGCCGCCCUGCAACUGCCAAUAAACUCAACCCUCUUCUUCCGCCAUUUCCCUCCAACAAGAAGUCAUGUAAGUUCAGACGCCACAACGUCUAUGCCCUCUACCCUUACUCCAUGCCUCCAUCUCCUGCUCUCAACAGGGUGCUGGAGAAGUAUGACGACAUGCACAGGCGUUGCAGGGAAGUCGACUCCGAUGCAAGCCUCAAUCGCGUCUACCCUUCUUCCAGGAGACCCACCUGCCAGUACUUGAUCUGGAGACAGAGCCGCUACGGGUUCGGCAACCGCCUCCUCUCCCUGAUCUCCUCCUUCCUCUAUGCGAUCAUGUCUGCAAGAGUGCUGCUGAUCGAGUACCCAAACUGGGACGACCUCUUCUGCGAGCCGUUCUCAGGCUCCUCCAUCCAGCUCCAGGCGGCAACGAGGCUCAACCAGCUCCUCGGCGAGUCGUACGUCCGGUUUCGGGACGCCGGAUGCGGGCCGGGGGGGAAGUCCCAGAACAGCCCCUGCAACACGACUGUGGUGAACUUCAUGCUGGAUCACACCACCCCGGAACGCGAUUACGAGGCAAUUACGUGCCCAAUGGGCUUCGCAAGGCUCAGGGAGACGCCAUUUAUAACUAUAAGGAGGAGCAACCAGUACUUCGUUCCCGGCUUCUAUCUCAACCCAGUGCUUUCCCCUCUGCUCGAUGUGUUGUUCCCUCAGAGGAACGCGUUUCACUUGCUGUCCAGAUUUCUGCUAACACCGAGCGAUGGCAUGUGGAGUUCGAUCAGCUCUCAGUUGGACGUCCAUGCCAGCCGGAGAAUCGGAGUCCAAGUUAGAGAAUUCAGGACGAGGAGGUACUUGUCCGAGUAUGACGGGAACGUGAUUCAGUGCAUCAAGAAGAAGGGGGGUUUCCUGCCGAAGCAGUUCCGAAAGCACGGGGACCGCGGCGGCGAGUACGUCGGCGUCUACAUGGCGACGUUGAUAAGGCGCCAUCUGAAGGAGGUGAAUUCGUCGAUGAGGGUGCUGGAGAAGGAGGCCGGGAGGAAGUUCAGGCUGAAGUUUCAGAGGUUGGAUGGAAGGGAAGAGCAUGACUUCAGGCAUCAGGCAGAGGCGAUGGUUGAUAUGUGGGUGUUGAGCAUGAGCCACGUGCUGGUAACCAGCCAGGAGUCCACCUUCGGCUACAUCGCUGCCGGGCUGAGCGGUGGCUUUCCGUAUUUCAUAGACAAGGAGGCGGGCAAGGGCUGCUUCAUGGGGCUCGGGGUGGAGCCUUGCUUCCACGCAGCGCCGAAGAACCUUUCUUGUGUCCGAGAGGAGGCCGCGGCCUUUACCCUCCAAGAUUUGGUCAAGACAACCUCCAAGGUGAAGGUCUGCAGCGAUCGGCAGUCUGGCUGGACUGUGUUGCCUGCCCAUUAAUGGCGGGGAGACGGCCGUUUCUCAGCUAGCAGCAGAGAAACGCCGCCAGGUUUUUUAUUAAGUGCCACAAUUAGGCCUGACGAUGCAUGGAUUAGUGUUCUCAACAUCUGUUUUGUUUUUUUUGCCUCCUUUAUAUUCUCUUAUUCUUUUUCUUUCUGUUAGCCAUGUGGAGGUAUUUGAGCAUGUACUCUUAUAUAUAUAUAUAUAACAUUGAUUCAAAAGAAA